AUAUUAUGCUUCGAUGAACUCGAAGAAGAUUUUCGAGAGAGUGAUAGUAAAAUGAAUUCUAAAAUUAAAUUACAUAAUGAAUUUACAAGUGAAAGAAUUCGAGUAAAUUUAAGUAUGGGAUCUGAGCCAACCAGAGAAAAAGAUAUAAAUGAAACGAUUGAUAAUGACCGUGAAUUAGUUAUUCAAAUGAGAAUAAACAGUAAAAUGCAUGCUUGUUAA